GCAGCGGGCGGAGCCUUUGUCCUGCCGCGCCCGCCGCGUCCUGCGGCCUCGGCCCGCGCCGGCAGCGCCCGUUUCUCUGGGAGGCAGUGCCAGGACCCCACCGAUGGAGCCAGAGGAGAAGUCGUGGAGGGGGGACCUGCCGGAUGCCUGUGACACAGGUGAGGCUGCCGAGAGCUCCUGUGGGGACCCAGCUGCCCUGGCACCACAGGGACCUCGCAGCUGCCGGCAUGAUGCCGUGCUGCCCAGGAGCCCGAGAGCAGCUCUGUCUUCCUCAGGAAAGGGCUGGGCUAGUGUGAAGCAUGAGAUCGUGGUGAAAACGGAGCCAGAGGAUGAGUCCUACGUCAGCUGUCACCAGGGCCUGGAUGCCACUGUCCCCAGGGUUCCCAGCACUGGCAUCAAAGCGGAGACCAGCAUCAAAAGCGAGCCUGGGGCCGAGGCGUACGGCAGCGGCUGCCCUGGCUGCCAGGAGCGGGACGCACCGCACCACCAUGCUGCCAGUGAUGCCAGGCCCGAGGUCAUCGUGAAGGUGGAGCCAGAGGAGGAGUCACACAUUGGGUGUCCCCAGGAUCUGGCUGGCCCAGGUGCUCCCAGCCACUGCAGCGGCGCAGGCCCUGACGGCGAGCAGCGACCCAAGGAGGAGCCAGAGGAGGUGAAGCCAGAGGCAGCUGAGCUGGAGAAGAGCCUGGGGGCUGCCUUGGGGGGCUCGCUCGGACCCUGGCCCCGUGUCAGCCAGUGGACGGUGCAGCAGGCACAGGGCACCGUUGCUGAGCUCCGGUGCAGCCCAGCAGUGCCCAGGGAGCGACGGGCUGCCCCCGAGCCCUGGGUGCUCUGCCUGGAGAGGGGCACAGCUCCGGUGGUGCCAGUGAGCAGCACCAGGCAGAAACCUCCCUCUGCCUGCGGGGUGGGCAGUGCCAUGGCCUCCGGUACCGAGCCGGCACGUCGUCCCUGUGGCCACACAGCCGAGCGUCCCUUCGCCUGCAGUGAGUGUGGGAAGAGCUUCCAGCACCGGGGGAACCUCAUCACCCACUUGCGGGUGCACACAGGUGAGAAGCCCUUCACUUGCACCAUCUGUGGCAAGAGCUUCAGCCAGAAGGGUGACCUGAUGCGGCACCAGCGCAUCCACACCGGUGAGAAGCCAUUCAAGUGCACAGUCUGUGGCAAGAGCUUCUGCUCCAAGCAGACCUUCAUCCUGCACCAGCGCAUCCACACUGGCGAGAAGCCCUUCUCCUGCACCGAGUGUGGCAAGAGCUUCAACCGCAAGGCCAACUUCAUCACCCACCAGAAGAUCCACCGUGGUGAGCGCCCCUUCAUCUGUGCUGAGUGCGGCAAGGGCUUCUGUGCCAAGAAGACCUUCAUCCUCCACCAGAAAAUCCACAUCGGCGACCGGCCCUUUGGCUGCUCAGAGUGCGGCAAGAGCUUCAGCCGCAAUGGUGACCUGACGCGGCACCAGCGCAUCCACACCGGCGAGCGCCCCUUUGCCUGCACCGACUGCGGCAAGAGCUUCAGCCACAAUGGCGAGCUGAUCAAGCACCAGCGCAUCCACACCGGUGAGAAGCCCUUCACCUGCACCGAGUGCGGCAAGAGCUUCAACCGCAAAGGCACCCUCAUCACCCACCAGCGCAUUCACACUGGUGAGCGACCCUUCGUCUGCCCCGAGUGUGGCAAGACCUUCAACUUGAAGACGACUCUGAUGAAGCACAAGCGCAUCCACACUGGCGAGCGUCCCUUCACCUGCCUGGAGUGUGGGAAGAGCUUCAAGUACAAGGGCAACCUCCGAACCCACCACCUCACCCAUACAGUGGAGCGGGUCUACCCCUGCACUGAGUGUGGCAAGAUCUUCAGCCACAAGAAGGAGCUGACAGUGCACCAGGGCGUGCACACGGAGGAGAGGAUCCUCUCCUGCUACCAGGAGGGAGAGUCCUUCAACCCCUUCCUCCCCGUGCACCCCCUCCUCAUGUCCUGCGCCCAGCUUCCAGUGCCACUGGAAGCCUUGUCUAAGUACAAGUAGGAGGGCUGGUGGCAGCAGGGACAGCCCACUGUCCUGCCUGUGGCACGUCCCCAUGGCUCAAGCAGCCAGAGGAGGAACCAAUGUCAGAGACUUGGCCCCGCUGCAGGGCCAGUGCCAUGGGACACUGGCGGGUCCUGGGGACGAGGCGCUGGCUGGGGAUGCCACUGGCUUUCAGCAGUGCUAGAGGGGCUGCCCUGCCGUGGCGGGGGCCAGGGGCCAGUGGCAGGGACAGGCAGCUGGGCUGGGACCCUGGGUGUGUGGGGCUGGUGGCCUGCCACCACACCAGCACCAAUCACACCCCCAGGUGAUGGGGGGCUUUCUAUUAUGGCAGGAGAUGUUGUCCCCGACCCGAGAGUCCGCCGUCCUGUUUGCUGUUGGAAACCUUUUCAAAGUGGAUCACAACGAGUAGGUGUGAAGAGAUGGGUCCCCUUGCCAGGUUUGCUGUCCCCAAUGCCGGUGCCACCAUCUGUGCUGUGGCAGGUGCGGCCACCCCAUCCUGUGCUGAGGGGCCCGGUGCAGCUGGGGGAAUGGGGCAGGUCUGGGGCUGAGCACCCCUGUUUCCCCUCAUCCCCAUCAAGGAUGCUGGACUCAAUGAGGAGCCCAUGGCUACCAGGCACAGCCCCUCACCACUAUGCUCUGUGCACAGUGACCAGCCCCUGUGCGGGGGUGAGCCAGCACCCCUCUUUGUCCCCCCAAAGUCCCGUCAGGCAUUUACCCAGGCAUGGGUUUGGCUCCCUUCCUGCCCCAGCACUUGCUGUGUGCCGGGGAGCAGGGCCCUGCGCUUUGGGGCUUUGAUGGAAACCUGAGUAUUCUGCUGGGGGGCAAACCUCUUCCCUCGGCCACUGGUUCUGCAGGGGGGGCUGCUUUUGGAGGGGCCAUGGAGGCAAGAGGCCCUGGGGCACACAGGGACCCUGACCUGGCUGUCUCCACAGCUUUGCCCUGGGGCUCAAGGUUAUGCUUGUCACAUCCCUGCCUCAGUUUCCCCAUCUGUGAAAGGGGGGUAACACUACGUGCUGCCUCCCGGAGGGCGUGUUAACCCCUUCCUGACCAUGCAGAGCCCCACAGAGGGCUAGUGCUGGGCUGGGGCGUGUUGGAGCUGCCAGGGACAAAGGACAGCUGGUGGCUUAGCUGACGCAUAGGAGCCCCCACCAUGGGACACAGUGUGCAGGGACCACAUGUAUUUAUGGCACUGUUGGUUUUUCCUAACCUAGACACUAAUAAAAAGUGCAAAUGUAAGAGAA